AUUACCCACUAUUCUUCAAAGGUAAUCUAAAAAAAACCUUAAAUAAGAUAGAAAAAAUAAGAGAGAGAGAAAGGUGAGGAAUAUGUGCAAAGGUUAUAUAGCACUCACAAACACACAGUCCAUGAAAACAAACAGUAGAGAAGAGAGAUAAACGAUGAAGAAGAACAUGGCGAAUUCUUCAACAACAGCAUUUUCAGGUGAGAUUCCAAACAAGAAGAACAAGGGAAGUUGUGUAAUCAAUUUCCCUUUCUCACCUGCUUUACCAUCAUGCAGCAUCUUUGAUAUGAUUCCACCAUCACAAUCUGAUGAUCAACAAUCUUCUUCCUUUGCUGGUUACAUCGAUUUGUUGAGUACAAAUGAUUUCACUUCUUCUUCUGCUACUUUAUUCGAUUGGUUUCCCACCAUUGAUACUGACAUGUCAGCACCACCUUCCACCACCCAGCUGCCUCCUUUACCGGCACCUUCCCCUGCCGCGUCUGAGGUCUUGAAUAAUCCGGCCACCCCUGUCUCCGUUUCUUCUUCAAUUUCUUCAUCUUCCAAUGCAGCUGGUGUUGCAGACAAAGUCAUGGUAGAAGAGAAUGAACAUGAACAUGAAGAAGAACUUGAAGGAGAUGAAGCAGAAGAGAAGGAUGAAGAUCAUGGAAUCAGACUUGUAGAGAAUCAAAAUGAUCAAGAUCAGAUGAAGAAACAGUUGAAGCCAAAGAAGAAGAACAAGAACAAGAAGCUACGACCAGCAAGAGUUACUUUCAAGACAAAGAGUGAUGUUGAUCACUUGGAUGAUGGUUAUAGGUGGCGCAAGUAUGGCCAAAAACCAGUCAAAAACAGCCCAUUUCCCAGGAGCUAUUACCGUUGCACCGCCGGGAACUGUGAGGUGAAGAAGCGUAUAGAGCGUUCGGCUGCAGACUCUUCGAUCGUGCUAACCAGCUAUGAAGGCCAUCACAUCCACCUAUCCCCGGUUCUAUUGCGUGCUGCUAACCUUGGGAUCAUGUCUGAUCCUUCUGGUUUCCAAGAACAGGUCCACCAACAUCACAACACAACUAGCGGCGUUGUUGGUAGUUCUGUUCUUGGAAACGAAUUUGCGAUGUCUCAAUCACAACAAUAUCAAAAAUUUCAGGAUCAGAAUCAGAAUGUGCUUCAUCACCAGCGGCAAGCAGUGCCAUCUUUGUUAUAUAAUAGUGAUUAUAACAACUCCUUCAACAUUUCUCCACUUUCGAAUAUUGUUAACUCUGCUGAUAAUUUGAUGAUCUCUUCAACAUCUUUUGGUGGAUUUCUUCAAAAUCAAGAAAAUUAUGGUGGAGGCAAUUCUUCUCUGUCUUCUUCUAUGAUGACAAGUACUAAUGAUAUGGUGAGGAACAAUGGGCUUCUUCAGGAUAUGAUUGCUCCAAUGGAGAUGGGAGGAGCUGGAGCCAAAGAAUGAAUAUGAAGCUGAAGAUGUAUGUUUGGUUAAUGAUACUUAUUUAUGGUAUUAAUUAAUUUGAUUAGUUUGACUUGUAUAUCAAUUAGUAUCUGAUAUUAAUUAGUAGCUGGUAAUUUAAGGUUAUUUAACUUAAUGAUGAUGGAAAAUUCCAAGUCUGUGCCGCUGAAGUGCUUUAAUUGUGUUUUGAAGGUUAUUUCUAGUGAAAGUGAAACCACACUUCGGCUGGCAUGUGUUCAUAUGAGACUUGAGACUUUUUAAUUAGAGUUUCCUUUAUUUAUAUGAUUAAUAUAUCAUGACUGUUAUCUUAUUA